ACUGGCGGGAAGACAAGGUUAGCCAACAUAAAAUAAAUGACAUAAAAAUUUACAUUGUUGCAUACUGUGGUUGCAUAACUUCUCCGAUUAAACAGAAAAUUCCAGAAAUUGUGAAAUUUGUCUUAUAGACGUGGAGUUUGUGUAAAUUUUUGGUAAAUUGUUCUAGUAAUAUACAUAAAAUUGCAAAAUUAUCAUUAACAAAAUCUGCAAUUUAAAAUCCGUCAAAAUGUUCCUAAUCUAUCGGUGACAUAACCUCAGUUUAGAUAAAAGUCACGUCCAAAAACCAUUUCAAAAUCUCUUUUAAAUUCUCAAUAAAAUGGCCCUAAUUUGUAUAAGAAAUGCUUUAAAGUGCGGGCAAACUAUCGGGGAAUCUCUGUUAUUUAAUUCCAGAAGUAUAACGUUAUCAAAAAUUAAAUACAACACCGUCGAAGAAAGUAAAAAAGCCGAACAGGAGACUACAGCAAGUACCUCUGAUUCCAAAAUCAAUGAAGAAUUAGACAAACUCAACAAACAAAUUGAGACACUUAGUGAAAAAAAUUCAGAACUUUUAGAUAAAUAUAAACGAGCACUAGCAGAUGGUGAAAAUCUUAGACAGAGACUGACAAAACAGAUUGCCGAAGCUAAAAUUUAUGGUAUCCACAGUUUCUGUAAAGAUUUGCUCGAUAUAGCUGAUGUUUUGGGUAAAGCAACUGAAACAGUUCCAAAAGAUGAAAUUAAAGAUAGCAAUCCACAUUUAAAGAGCCUAUAUGAAGGUCUGGUUAUGACUGAUGCGCAACUAAAAAGUGUAUUUAAAAGACAUGGUUUAGAACCUGUUAAUCCUCUAAAUGAAAAGUUUAAUCCCAAUUUCCAUGAAGCCUUAUUUCAACAGGAAGUGGAAGGCAAGGAACCAGGUACCGUUGUAGUAGUUUCAAAAAUUGGAUACAAAUUGCACGAUAGGGUGUUACGACCGGCUUUAGUUGGAGUGUCAAAGUAAAGUGAAGUUUUAUGUACAAAAAUGGCAAAUUAUUUAAUUGUUCCAGUGUGAAUUUUUAUUGUAUCACAUAAGGAGUUAGUCAUGUAAUUUUAUUUUGUAAAAAAAGAAUACAUUGUUGAAACAAAGAUUUUUUGUUACUUUA